AAACCGAGCCCCACCACCCCACCACGACGACCACGACAAUGCUCCCCCUCCGGCUCCUCGUGCGGCCGCUCCGGCCACCGCAGCACCCGCUAUCCCUCGGACUGCGGACCUUCUCCAAAAAAUCCAAGCUGAAGCCGAAGCCGAAGCCGAAGGCCUUACCCAAGCCCGCUUCGAAGCCCAAAUCCGCGCCGAAGGCCGCGCCCAAAUCCGCUCCCAACUCCGCGCCCAAAUCCGCGCUCCCACCCCCACCGCCCUCGCUGACGACACUUUUAUCGCAAGCCUCAGGACCCACGCUGCUGUACGCGAAGCACUCGGGCAAGUUCCUGGCGGCAUCCUACACCGUCGCGGCAGCGUUCGGCUACAUGUGCUGGGAUACGUACGAGAGCCGGAUCGCGCACCCGCCCGUGCCGCUGCCGACGUGGAUGCGCGGCGCGUUUUUCGUUACCAUUGGCGUGACCGGCGCGUUCGCGGCGUUUUUCGCGUGGAGGCCUGUUAUGUACGUACUCUACUCAGGUUGGGGGAAGGUGGGGGUUAAUGGGCGGUGGGAGGAUAGGCUGCUACAGAAGAUCUACGCGCACCCCGUCGCGGGGGCUCCAGGCACAGUGAAGUUCGUCCUCCAUCGCCGGCCGAUUCUCCCCGGCUUGCCGGACCGCAAAAUCACCGUCGCCCACGCGUCCGAUAUCACGUUAUCGCGGGUGCUGCAGCCGGUGGUUGCUGCGCCGACAAUGGCGAAGAAGCCGCAGAUCGGAGGUGUCAAGCGCAUGGGAAGGAUGCUCCUCGAGGCCCCGUUCACGUUCUUUCAUGCCGCGAAGAAUUUGGUCGUUAAUGAUGAGUUUGUUACGGUGAAGGUGAAGGGGGGCGGAACGUACUCGCUGCAUCAGGACGGGUGGGUCUGGGAGAGGCGCGGGAUUGAUAGGUUGUUUGGGACUAAGGCUGCGACUAAAUACUAGGGUUUGGGACAGUUGAUGGGGAGUGUAGAUAUGGGCACGCACGCAUGAUAGUGGUGAACGUGAAUGAAGGCCGGGAGUGAUUGCAAACAAACGGAG